AUGGCAAACGACGAAACAAAUUCAAAGCUUGAUGAAAUCGGAGCAGCUGUGCGUUGUGCAACAAAAUUAAUCAAUGAAUCUAAAAAAUCUCAAGAAUUAACAUUGGAUAUGUUAGCUAGUGCAAUUAAAUUAGCAGCACUUCCAACUGAUGAUGAAGAAAAAUUAACACCAGCAACUGUUAAUGCUGCAAUAAAAUUGUCUGAAAAAUCCUCAGGUCAAGAAGAACAACAUGAAAAUCUUACGCCUGAAUCAUUAGCUAUUGCACUUAAAUUAGCAACGAAAUUAUCAUCAACUAAUGAUACUAAUGAUAAGGAUACAAAUGAAUUAUCAGUUAAUCAAAUGCGAGCAGCAAUGAAAGCAGCUGUAGCUAUGACUCAAGAAAUCCAAUCAGAUGAACUAGUUACAUCUGAACUACUUGCUGAUGCGCGUAAAUUAGCUAAAAAAUAACUAGUUUUUGUAUUUUAUUUAUUAAUAUCUUUUAUCACUUAUCGAAUCUUUUAAUACUCACACAAUGUCUUCUCCGGAUAAAUAUUCAUCUCCAGAACUAUUAUGAAAACAAAAAUAUUUUUAAUGAAAAUAAACAAAAAAAACAAAGACAUUUCUACUAAGGGAUUUGUGAUGAUUCAAUAAAAAUAAUAUUAACUAUUGGUUUUUUUCUUCAUUGAUAAUUACAUAUUUUAUUUUAUCGUGCAUUAUUAUAUAUAAUCAUUCACCCAAAAUAAACUGAACACAAUGUUUUCGUCUUUUUAGAGCACUUCCCAACACAUUAGAGACUUCGUUUUUAAGCUCAUUCAAUAGAGAAUGUCGUGCUCGACAAGACAAUUGCCUUUGUUUUCUAAAUAGCUCUUUAUUUUUGUCGGCGUAAUAUUUAAAAGAUGAACACCCAUUCAAUCGUCUAACUGCAAUUUUCAAUUUUCUGCAAGCAUCUAACAAUUUGUGUAAGCCUUUGCUCAGGCAACACCGAUGGUAAAAGUAAAGCAUGUGAGAAAAUUUCGUGCUCUCUACUUCGAUGAUUUUUUCAAGAUUUCUGCUGCUGUUAUUCAGAAGAAAAACACUGAUGGUAUGUUGAAACACAUUCCAGACAACCAUGUUUUCCUCAGCAAGACUUGAUCUAUGACACGUUUAUUCUCAUGUUGUCAGCUGUAGAAUUUAAUUCUGAGCAGUAUGAUAUGAUUGUUAAAUUGAAGAGUAGAAACAUCAGGUUAUGUCGAAUGCAAAAAAAAUAAUGGUGUAAUUAUGCUAGAAAUGGGUUUUUUCAGAUUUUUUACUUCAAAAACUUUUUUCGCACCUGUUUCGUUUGAAAUUCUGAAACAUAUAUAUAAAAAAAACAGAGUUUGACUGUCGUAGUUGGACGAUUGAGUGGGUGUUUGUCUUUUAAAUUUUGUGCCGACAAAAAUAAGAGUUAUUUGGAAAAUAAACGUAAUCAUUCUGUAGAGCAGGAAAUUCUCUAUCGAAUAAGCCUAAAAUAAAGUAUCUAAUGUAUUGGGA